CCGAGAUCUGAUAAAUGACUGAUGAGAUUUCCAUUCUAUGCAUUCUACACACUCCUUGUACCUUCACGACCGGCUCCGAUUGUCGGUUGACAUGUUUUCGGUGUUUCCGUGCCGUUUAAAGUUUGCUUGGUUAUGUUGUCGCACAUAGCUGAAAUGAAAUAAAUUAUUAUUAGUUUUAAUUUUAUUGUGCUUUAAUUGACUUCAUCGUAUGAAUUUCUGUUAAAUAUUGUUAUUACUAAUUUGUAUAUAUAAUAUCUGUGGAGUAAUUUAGAAAUUUACUUUUGUUAGUGAAAUACAAUAGUAUUUUGGAGACCGUGUUUGAUACUCGUUAAUAAAUUUGCUCGAUUAGUAUAAUAAAAUGAGUUUGUGGGUUGACAAGUACCGUCCAACGACGCUCGCGAAGUUGGACUAUCAUCUCGAUCAGGCAGAGGACUUAAAGAAUAUGGUACAAAAACGGGACUUCCCACAUUUGUUAGUGCACGGACCACCCGGUGCAGGAAAGAGAACUCGAAUAAUGUGCAUUCUAAAGGAACUUUAUGGGAGCGCAGCGGAGAGAUUAAAAGUAGAGACGAUGCACUUUGAGACAGCGUCUAAGAAGAAAUUAGAAAUAUUGACAACAAGCAGCAAUUAUCACACAGAGGUGAAUCCGAGUGAUGCAGGAAUACACGACAGGAUCGUCGUGAUGGAGCUGAUAAAAGCGACUGCGCAAACGCAUCACAUAGACAUAGGCCAGAAAGAGUUUAAAGUGGUGCUGCUGUCAAAUGUGGAUCAGCUGACGAGGGAUGCGCAGCACGCACUCCGCCGAACGAUGGAGAAGUAUAUCGCUUCGUGCAGGUUGAUCCUCUGUGCGAACUCGACGUCGCGAGUGCUGCCCGCGAUCCGAUCGCGAUGCGUGCGAAUCCGGGUUCCGGCGCCGACGCCUGCCGAGAUCAAGAGUAUCUUGCAUUCCAUCUGCAAGCGCGAAGGGCUCACCUUGCCGGACGAAUUUGCGAAUCGAGUGAUCGUGACUAGCGACAGGAACCUCAGGCGAGCGAUAUUGAUGCUCGAGGCUUGCAAAGUCGAACAGUAUCCGUUCACCGCCGAUCAGAAAAUACCCGAGCCAGAUUGGCAGGUGCACAUACGAAAUACGGCGAGCAUGAUGGUGUCCGAGCAGUCGCCGAAGGUCCUUCUGGAUAUACGCAACAGAUUUUACGAGCUACUGACGCGCGCCAUACCGUGCGACCUGAUAUUCAGGGGGCUGCUGCAGGAGUGCGUGAAGAACUGCGACGAUCAGCUAAAGAGGGAGAUCAUCGACGUCGCGUCCGAGUACCAGCACAAACUGAUACGGGGCUCGAAGCCUAUUUUCCACUUAGAAGCCUUCGCCGCACGGUUCAUGGCGAUUUACAAGAAGUACAUUGACUCAUCCUUGGAAGGCUUCAUGUAGGCUCUUUACUUGCUCCUAUAUUUUUUAUAGUACAUUUAUAUAUAUAUUAUGACAUACGAUUACAAUUACUCCCUCGAUAUUCUCAAGUGAUUGAGCAUUGUAAAUACGUUGGCGUGAAAAUAAUUCAAGUUCCCUCGUUCCUUAUUCUGGAACUAUUUUGUUCAGCGUGUCGCUUUAAUAUAAUAAUAUUCAACAAUAAAAGAACCAAUUAUAUG